ACCGCAACCCCGCCUCCACCGCCCCCUUCUUGCUGCGCGUUUACGAGGUCCUCCCACACCCACCUCCUCAACCUCGACAGAUCUCCUUCAUCCUCUGGUAAUAUUUACCCCCCUCGAAAUCGGUCAACGACAUCUCCACUGCGAGGAAAAGCAAAGGAAAAGGGGUUCGAAAAGAUGGACGGCCACCACACGGGCGGCGACCAGCAGCCCACAUACAUUGACAAUGCCAUUCGAGCGGUGCAGAACAAGAAGCAGGUGCCCGAGAUUGACUUUACCCUACACACCAUGGAAGAUGGCACGCAAGUGAGCACACAAGACCGCGUGUGCAAAGACGUACAAGCCCCGGCAUUCAAUGUUCCCACCGACGAGCAACUCAUCUCGCCCAUUGACCGCACCAAGCCCAACCUCCAAUUCCUCAAGCAGCAUCUUUAUCGCGAGGGCCGUUUGACCGAAGAGCAAGCGCUAUGGAUCAUCAACGCCGGCACAGCCCUGCUCCGCUCCGAACCCAAUCUGCUCGAGAUGGAUGCCCCAAUCACCGUGUGUGGUGAUGUUCACGGCCAGUUCUUCGAUCUCAUGAAGCUCUUCGAAGUCGGCGGCGACCCUGCAGAGACGCGCUAUCUCUUUCUCGGCGACUACGUGGAUCGAGGCUACUUCUCCAUCGAGUGCGUGCUCUACUUGUGGGCGCUUAAGAUGUGGUAUCCCAACACCCUGUGGCUGUUAAGAGGCAACCACGAGUGUCGGCAUUUGACCGACUACUUCACCUUUAAGCUGGAAUGCAAGCACAAAUACUCGGAGAGAGUAUACGAUGCGUGCUGCGAAUCCUUCUGUGCCCUCCCGCUUGCCGCCAUCAUGAAUAAGCAAUUCCUCUGCAUUCAUGGUGGCCUGUCGCCCGAGCUACACACGCUGGAAGAUCUCAAGGCGCUGGACCGCUUCCGAGAACCCCCCACCUCCGGCCUCAUGUGCGAUAUUCUCUGGGCCGAUCCGCUAGAGGAAUUUGGGCAGGAGAAGACGCAAGAAUACUUCGUCCACAACCACGUGCGAGGCUGCUCCUACUUCUUCUCCUAUCCGGCCGCCUGCGCGUUCCUGGAAAAGAACAAUCUGCUCUCCAUCAUCCGCGCACACGAAGCCCAAGACGCGGGAUACAGAAUGUACCGCAAAACCCGCACGACCGGCUUCCCAUCCGUCAUGACCAUCUUCUCCGCCCCGAACUACUUGGACGUUUACAACAACAAGGCCGCCGUGCUCAAGUAUGAGAAUAACGUGAUGAACAUCCGGCAGUUCAACUGCACUCCUCACCCCUACUGGUUGCCGAAUUUCAUGGACGUCUUCACCUGGAGCUUACCGUUUGUCGGCGAGAAAAUCACCGACAUGCUCAUCGCCAUCCUCAACACCUGCAGCAAAGAGGAGUUGGAAGAAGACACUCCGCACUCCAGCGGGCCCGCCUCGCCUCCCCUCGCCGGCGGUCACGUCCACGACCCGGAAAGCAUCGAGUUCAAGCGUCGCGCGAUCAAGAACAAGAUUCUCGCCAUCGGCCGUUUGUCCCGCGUCUUCCAAGUCUUGCGCGAGGAAAGCGAGCGCGUCACGGAGCUCAAGACUGCUUCCGGCGGCCGCUUGCCCGCGGGUACUCUCAUGCUCGGCGCCGAGGGCAUCAAGCAAGCCAUUACGUCGUUCGAGGACGCGAGGAAGGUGGACUUGCAGAAUGAGCGGCUGCCGCCUUCGGGUGAGGAGGUGCGGAAGAGUACUGAGGCGCAGCGCGACGAGGCUUUGAAGCGGGUAGACCGCGAGGUCGAUCAGGAUAAGCAGCUGCAGGGUGUAGCGCGGAGGAUCUCGAUGUCAUCGGGUGUGGGACGAAGUCGAUCCGCGAAGCCCGCUGGGUCGAGUUAAGGCGCUGCAAUGUCUGGCUGUCCCCGACUUCUUGCAGCCGGGU